AUGCCUCUUCGCGUGCCGACGGUCCGCUUAACCCAGCGCAUCUCCCCUCGUGCCUUCACCACGACAUCGCGCGCCUCCCUGAACGAGGUCGGCAACCGCUCUGGCGAACAACUCGAGCAAAAGAAACAGGAGCAGUUGAAGAAGCAGGAGAAGGGCGAGGGCCAUUGGCAUGAAGAGCUUGCGUCACAAUCCGAGGCUAAGAUUGCAGCGGACAAGGAACACGUGAAGGAUCACGACAAACACAUGAGUGAUUUGCAGCAACAUACGGCCAAGAAAGGCGAGAAAGGGGAGCUAUCUUGA